AUGACGACGAAUACGACGACGAAUAAUACAUCAACGACGUUUAAUGACUAUUUGUUGAAUAGAGAAUUGGCCCCAGUAGGAGGCUCUGGAGGUCUACGUCCACUGCGUAUUACAACUGCACGAUUGAAUAGUCAGAGAUAUGACGCUGUGCGCACACGUAUCCGUUCAAUAGACCUCUCCAUCCGAUACGAUAUACUCACCACAUACCAUGCACCUGUCUAUCAUCUCGACAUUGACAAGUCUGAAGCAAGAUAUUUGAUAUCAUCUUCAGCAGAUGGUAGCAUUGCAAUAUAUGAUAUAUAUGAAUCAUUUAUGAAUACAAGUACAAGGAGGAAGGUGAUACCAGCGGUAUCGACGAUGAAGAGACCAUGCCAAUCAUUGACACGUGCAGUGACUGAUGUGCUUUGGUAUCCAUUCGACACGGGAAUGUUCUUUAGUGGUGCCACAGAAGGCUUUGUCGACGUAUGGGACACAAACAAAGAGUGCAUAUCUCGAUCAUUCAAUCUCGAGCACUCGGUCAAUGCCAUCUCAAUCAGUCCACUCCCAUCCAGUCAGCUGCUGAUCGCUGUGGGCACGUCUGAUCAGAAGGCGCGUCUUUGUGAUGUACGAUCAGGCACCUCCACACAUUGUCUUACAGGUCACCGCGAGGCUGUCCUGGCGAUCAAAUUCUCGCCCUUCUCCGUUCAUCACCUGGUGACGGGCUCCAAAGACAAGUCAAUCCGUCUGUGGGACAUCAGGCGAUCAGACACAUUCUUGAUGGCGCUCGAUCACCUCAACGAGACGACCGCACACGUACAUACACCGCAGUCAAAGGCUGCUGCUGGCGGUGGUGGCCAGGCCUCAUCAUCCUACGACAUGGAUGCAGGCGACCGACUCAAAUCACACAAGUCAAUCUAUUUCAACAAGCAGGGCCGAGUCUACUCGACCAGCGCAAUCAAGCCUGGCGACUUUGUACAGAACUCGCCAAACAUGGCGGCCAAGGACGCACCAGCCGCCCACAAUGGAUUCGUUACGUCGCUGGUGUGGACGCCCGACGGCAGCGCACUGCUGAGUACAGGCAGCGAUCGAAAGGUACGUCGGUGGGACAUGCAGACAGGCGUCAACACGUUUGUCGACUUCCCCCACGUGUACAACAACAACAUGAUGGGCAAUCAGAUGUGUCUGUCCUACGACGGCAUGUAUCUGAUGCAUCCCAAUGGCAAGACGAUCAAUAUGUACGACGCCGAGACUGGCGACCUGAUCAAAUAUCUCAAGGGACACUUUGAACGUGUCAACUGUUGCAUCUUCCAUCCACAUCAAGAACUAAUGUUCAGUGGGUCCAAUGACAAGCAGAUCCUCAUGUGGGAUACAACUCUACAACAAUCAAAGCCAGACGACAACAAUGAAGUUGUCCCAACUAUGGUAGAGGCAUCUGGUGGACACAUCAACAUGUCCAUCAACAAUAAUGUCAACUCGAACAUGGACAACAACAACAACAACAACAACAAUAACAAUAACAAUAUGGAUGAGAAGAAGAAGGAUGUCAGCCUACCAGAUGUCGACAACUGGUCAGAUGAUGAAGAAGAACAAUAA